AUGGACAAGUCAGGAGGUCGCACAGCUACCGUCCCGACUACGGUGGCCGCCUCGCCGACGGUCGCGGUGGGGCCGGGCGCCUCUUUGUCGCUCGAGCCGCGACAGAACGGGGUUUCGCUCCCCUUGAAACGCCGUUUCUCGGCCUCCUCUGCUCGUCUCCCCUCCUGUGCCGGUCAGGUCUCUGCCGAAGAUUCCUCGCAUGCCUUGCCAUCGCGUCAAGCCUCCUCGCCGCGAGCUCGCGCGACAGGGGCGUCGUCGACGCCCCAAGGGGCGGCACCUGACCAGGGCAAUCACGCGCCGUCUAAAGAGCUUUUCGCGGUUGGAAAGGCGAGAGGGAGGGACGGACUCUCGGAGGCGAGCGGGGCGCCCUCGGCCGACUCUGCGCCGGGGCACGCGGACACCGCCUCGAGCACCUCGCCAGCGUCUUGGCGCGGUGGCCAGGGCGCGCAAAACGCAGCUCUCUACAGAAUGUAUCGAGCCGACAGCCGCCGCCUGACGCUCUCGGGCCUUCGCGAGCCCCGGCAAGUCUCCGGGUUGGCGUCCUUUCUCUGCGCGGUGACGGCCACGCCUGCGGGCGCGCUGGCCUCGCAUCGCACCCGAGCCCAGGAGUCUCUCUUCCCGUCGAAGUCGCCUUGUUCUUUGUCUGGCCCCCAGCCGCCGUCGUCGCCCUUCUCAGCCUUUGGCACUGCCUCGCCGUCGUCGUUCAGCCUCGACGCUGCAAAGCUGCCGCCGUCUGCGGACAGGGAAGGCGAGAAGGCGGAGGAGACGGCGGCCGGCGCGGCGGAGCGACGCCAGAGGCAAGUCGCGCCCUCACCCUCGUCGGCGAGCUCUCCGUCUUCGUUCGCGUCAUCUGCGUCCUCGCCUCGUUGCGGCCGCGGCCUGCCCCCAGCGGAGGCCUCAGGGCCAGGGGCUGUCUCUCUGCGUGCCGGCGACGGGCGCGAGCCCUGCGCGCCGACGACGACCGCGGGUUCUUCGCGUCGGGGUUUUCGCAGACUGAGCGCGGCUCCCCCUCCUCUCCAUGCGUCUGCGGUGGCAGCUCCCCCUUCUUCUGUUCUGACCUCGCCGACCUUUUGUUCGCCUCCCUCGUCGCCCUCUUCUCCGUCGGGCGCCCUCCCAUACAGCGCGCAGAUGGACGCGCGAGACGCGGAGCUCCGCGGCGGCGCGCUGGCGAGCGUCUUCGUCGACGACGCGCCCGCCGAGGUCGCCGUCGCCGUGCUGAAAGAGCUGCGGGCGUUCCCGAGGCUCUGCAAACUCCAGUUGCACCUUUGGGGCGUCGAGUGGACGCCGAAGAUGAUUGCGCUUCUCGGAGAAGUCUUCGAGGCGAGUGCGGAGACGCUGGAGUCUGUGGCGCUCCGCUGUCGAGUCGACGGCGAUGUGCUGACUGCGAUGCUUCAAAAACUUCCCACGGGCGUUCGCUACCUCGAUGUCUCUGAAAACAUGCUCGGAGGCGAGCGCUCCGCGGUGCCCGCUCUCGAAGUUCUUCUGCGACGCAAUCGCCUCCAGACUCUUAAAGUCGCACAAGUCGGCUGGGCCCGCGCAGCCAAGGAAAGGUUCGCCAAGGCUGUCGAGGGCCUUGGCGUCUACAACUGUCUCCAGUGGCUCGAGGGCGUCGACCUCUCGGAGUGCCUGUCGAUCCCGCCGCACCUUUUCAUGCAAGCUGCGCUGCCGGCUCCGCCCUGCAGCAGCUCCGCAGCGGCAGUCUCGCCCCUCGCGCAUCUCCGCGGCAGCCACUGGUCGCCGUCUGCGCCUCACAGCGCCACCCAGAGCGCAGCGGCAGUGACCGCAAAAAGCCUGCCGGCGACCACCGUGAACUUCACUCUGCUGCGGUACCUGCGGAUUCGCACGUUUCUCCCGAUGCUUGUCGGCUCCAAAGUUCGGGUCUGGUGGAAGCCCACGCGCGAGACGCAACGGACGGACUUCAGCGGCCGGUACUGGCCCGCACGCAUCCUCCACGGCUGCCCAGAGACUCUCGUGUGCAAACUCGUCUACGACAACAACGAGGAAGACUUCAUCUCGCUGCGCUUUCUGCAGCCGUACCCCCCCUUCAAGUAUGGCGGAGGCUGGGCGCACACUGUCGCAGACGCGUCGAGCUCUGCGUCGUCUCGCCCCGCGCCUGCAGACUGCCCUGCGGCGCCCACCGGACCCGCAGGCGCGACCGUGCCUCGCCCUGUCUCUGAGGGCCCUUCCGCGGCGGAGAGACAGUCUCCGCGCGCCGCGCGAGUUGGGCGCGAGUGCGAGACCGUUUCUGGAGCCCAGAGGCUCGACGCAACAAGCCCGAGAAGCCGCCGGCGCGGCGCUGCGCGUGCGCCCGUCUCGAGCGAGGCGAUCACCGCCGCGGCCGCGUCUGUGGCGAGUCAACUCGCCUUGCGAAAGCGAGAAGACGUGGACGAAGGAGACGCGCGUAAAGACGCGACGCCUGUGGGGCCGGCGGCGAGUGCUCAUCCCGGAAGCGAGGAGAGAAGGCCACAGACAGCAGCGACGCGCCGUGGCUCGAUACAGGAAGACACGUCGCAGAAAGCGAGAGCGGCGAAUCGCGAAGAGACGUGGGGCCUUGCAGCUCCGCGUGGACGCCAGAAACAGUCAGGCAGCGAGGCGGAUGGAGAUGGCGAAGUGCCUCGGACACCGCACGAAGCGGCAACAGGGCGGGGCGAGGAUAAAGGGCAUUCCGAGCUAGCCCCUGGAGGGAGCCGCAGAGGAAGAGUGGCGACCCCGCGAGGCGAGGCAGUUGUCAGCGAGACUGCGCAUGCAAAGCGGAACCGAAAACGGGAGGCAGACGCCACAUCUUGCCCCGACCCCAGUAGUGCGACUGCGGCGCCAGAGGGCCGCGCAGAAGGGAGCAAGAAGCGAACGCGGGUGGGAGGCGGCAGCUCCGAAGGGAGGGCGCAGACAAGCGAGAAGUCUCGAAGACUCGAAGACUCCGCAGCGACAACGCGAUCGACUCCCCGCACGCCUCGCCGCCUCUCGUGCUCCUCAGCUUCGUCAGCGUCCUCGUCUCGCGCACGGUAUCCGUCGACAGCACCUGGCGCGCCCGAGUCGGCGCCGCCGCCCCACAGCUUGCAUGCUCGGCGCACGUCGCCGCGCUUGGCGUUGGUCUCCGCUGGCUCUCCAGGGAGCGCGGCGGAGGGCGAGGCGCCUGCGACGCCUUUGCGGCGAGGGCGCAAGGCGCGCGCGAGUCGGGGAGAGGAGGCCGCCGGCGCCGGAAAGGAGACAGGGACGUGCGGCGCAUCCGCGAAGAAAGCAGCUGAGCGGGUGCGAGCCGCGGACAAAGUGAAAAACGUCACGGGCGAAGCCACACAAGAUGAGAGGACGCGCCGGCGACUUACGCGCCUCGCAUUCAGAGGAGACGGCGAGGCAGCCGCUGGAGAGGGCGAAGCCAAGAAAGCGGCGACGCGAGCAAGACGCGGAAGGCCAGCGGGCGCGCGAAGGGCGAGCCGCAGCGAGGCAAGCAGCCGCGGAAAUCCAGGAAAUGACGCAGCGGGGGAGGACGAGAGCGAAGAGGCGAAUGUGGAGCCACCGGCGACUUGGCGGCGCGCGACAAGUAGAGGGGAUAGACGAGAGGAAGCAGGGAACGCAGCAAACAAAGCCGAUGUCAACAACGACGCGGCGCCCGUUCCAGAGCUGUCCCUCGAGAGGAGAAAACGACAAAGUGCGUCAGCCGCUGAAGCGCCAGAGGACACACGUGCAGCGAGUGCCGACGGCGCCCGCCGCUUCUCCUGCGCAGCGAAGAGGAGAAUCAAGAAAGACCCAACCACUGGCCAGCGGCCUUCAGCCGCUUCGGCCGACGCGUCGUCUGCUGCCGCGGGUUCCGCAGCGUCUCCGAAUAUAAGCCGCAUCGAGGCUGCACCGGAAAGUGACGUGCUCCGAGGGGCGCCUGCGGGAGGCCCGGUGCACCCGAGCGCUGGCGAGCAGGACGGGGCAGGCGGAGCCUUGAGCCUCGGGCAGAGGGAGGAAGGCAGCGCGUCUCGCGGCGCCAUCGAGCGGCGUCUGAGAGAAAAGAGGAACAGCAGCGCGGAAGCGGGGCAAGCGCGAGAAGGGAUCUGCUGUAGUCCGUUCCCUGUGGCGGCGGCCGAUCUGGCUGAGGCCGCGGCCUUGUAUCCGCAUCUGUUUGAGCAGCGGCUACACACGUAUCUCCGCGCAACUCCCGAGGAGGGCGAGCUGGCCGCCGCGCAGGCGCCCGAAGAUGGAGCUCCGUGUGAGGGGCCUUCAGACCCGCGAGGCGCGGGCGAACACGCCGGGGCGGCCGCGGGCGAACACGCCGGGGCGGCCGCGGGCGAACACGAGGGGGGUAUGCAUCAGACGCAGAAGCCGCGGGGAGGAGAGGCGAUCCGAAGGCGAGGCGGGGCAAGCAGCGGGACGAGGCGCGCGAAAGGCGAGGAGAAGGAAAGCGAAGCGGAGGAAGCGGGCAGCAGGAAGAAAGCCUCGCGCGGCUCCUCACCCGUCCAAAGGAGGGGUGCGAGACGCGCCUCCGCUACUGCAGCAGCCUCUGAGUCAGCGCCAGAAACAGAGAAAAAGGGCGCCGCCGCCACGGACUCAUUCGCGAGCGCCUCCACGGCGCUCAAGGGACGCGCCGGCGACGAGAAAGCGAGAGGCCAGGUGAAAGUAGGAACAAUGCCUGUCGACGUCAUCGGGAACGUCCUUCUGCCGGGGGAGUUGUGCGAAUUUCGAGACGAAGAAGAACAUCGAGGCAGCGACCCUUCUGACUUUGUCGGGAUGGUUGUGGCAGUUAACUCCGAGGAGCCGCUCUACGCAGUGCGCUAUGUGUACCACGACGAUGAUACGCUGCUGCAAAUCAACAGCUCGGACAUUCGCCGCGCCGUCGUCGUGCCCCUGGACUCAUGGAUUGCGUGGCGCUUCGCCUACGAGCGACUUCGCCUGCGGCAGGCCGAGUCGCGCGCCUCGCUGCGCGUCUCCGAAGAGAAAGGAGCGCCUCGCGGUCUCCUCUCGGGGCGGCUUGCGGUCAGGGGCUCCACUCUCACGGGAACGCGCGCCCUGGCGGUCAAGAGGGAGCCUGAGGCGGCCGCGGCAGAGCAAGCGAAGGAGGACUCGAAUAAACGCCGAAAGCUGAAGGCGGAGACGGCCGCCACAGGCGUGGAGCAAAACGCGCAAGGCACGGAGAGACACUUCGCAAGUGGAGGAGCGCUGAUGAAUCGAGGCGACGGCGCGUGCAUGGCAACCGCGAAAGAGGAAAAUGAAGCGCUUCUUUCUCGCUUUCCUUCUUUCCGCGAUGUCCCGCCGUUUGCGACGUUUUACAUGCUUCCGCUGGCGACGACGGCCAAGCUCCAACAACUCGCAGUCGGACACUUGGGGGCGAUGCAGCGCAACCCCAUGGAUCUAAAGCUGCUUCCGGCGGACGACUUCGCGGAGGCCUUUGCUGUGCGGCAGGCGGCCUUCGCGCGAGAAAGGCAGCAGCUUGCGCUCGCCGAUGGCGAAGCCUCGGGCGACCGGGGGACUGCGUCUCUGGAGUUGGGAGGCCCGGAGCCGGUGGCGGCUAAGAGAGCAGAAGACUUUGACGCCUGCGCUGAGUGCGAGACGCACUCGAGCGACGCGCGCGGGGAGCGCCAGAGUACGGCGAGGGGCAGGAAGCGCGCAGGCGCCGUUGCGGAGACGAGACUGCCAUCUGCGGCGUCGGCGGAGGACGGUUCGCCGCGCGGAUCCAAGAGCAAGGGCUUGUUGUCGUCGAGCGAGAGCCCGAGAGCUCAGACGGCGGGUGGCGGCGGCCCGCGAGGGGCGCCAGGGAGUCAGCGGUCUUCGCUCGCGUCACCGAGGCACUGCAUCAAGGCCGUCGCACCUCUGCUGGCUCCGCUGCUGGCACCGCCGUCGCAGGCGGCACCUCUCGCGUCCUCUGCGCUCGCGCCGCUGCUCAUCCUCGCCUGCGUCCACCCGCGGAUUCAGCAGGUCAACCCGCGUGCCUGGCUCGCGCUUCUGCCCAAGUCGCAGCUCCUCCAGCGCGUCGUGGGCCUCCGCGCGGAGCUUGCCAGGCUGAAGACGCAGGUACAGCGCGAAGCCGCGCUCUCCUCAGAGUGUCAGAAACUGCGGGUCGAGUUGGAGAAGCAGAAGGAGAAGGAAAGCGAGCUCGAGGGCCUUCUCAAAUGCAUCAUCUGCGUCUCGCGGACGCGCAGUGUCGCUCUGGCGCCCUGUCUCCACUUUUACUUCUGCCAGCCCUGUAGUCAGGGCCUCACCCAGUGUCCCAUCUGCCGAGGAAAGAUCGCCUCCAGAGUUCAGGUCAAACGCGAGCAGGCGGAAGACGAAAGCGGCGACGACGCGUCCUGA